AUGCUGAAACUGAUCACAGUUGCUACAUUCGUCACUGUGAUUGAUCAUGCUGCGUUUGCUGCACCGAAUGUUCCGGAUUCAGUUCGGUUGAAAUCCUCAACAUCAGCAUUGCAGAGCAGUACCAGGAUAACAGAGCAAUCUUCGUCGGAUUCUAAAACCAACAGCGUGAAUAAGGCAAAAAUAAGCGACAGUGGUUCAGCAGACAAUCCGAACGAUAUACCGAUUCCACCUUCAGCCACCGAUCCAAUAGUUUUAAAAGAACCUGCAGCACUGCCCACGGUGGACAUGAAAGGUGCCCCAAAAAACCGGUCAAUUCCGACAUCAGCUGCUGCCGAACUCCUUGAACAGAGUGCACAGGACAAAUUGAAGGGGUUGAUUGGAGGUGACUGGAAGGAUUACUUGAAUCCGGGAGAAGAGGAAAAAGCACUUCUCAAAGGGCUCUUUAAACAGGAGGAGAAGCUCGCAGCAGGGUCCUCAAGACGACUUGAGGAGCAGCUUUCGGAAGAUGGCCUAUUACUGGAGGCUGCAGCUAUGAUUCCAGGAGAAGCUGACUUGCAAACUGCAGUAGAACAGCAGGAGCAGCAAAGUCAGGAACAGACACAGCAAAACGAUCGGAUGAUCGCACUGGAGCAGUACAGACUGGCUGCACAGGAGCAGCAGCAGCAACAGCACAGGCUAGCCGAACAAGCGCAGUUACCUUAUUAUGAAUGA